GAAGAGUGUUACGAACAUAACGGAAGUGUGGAGCUAUACUUAAAGAGUUGCAGCCACCAAAAAUAGGACAAAGAGUUUCCAGGUUAUUGAAACUUUAUUUUUCUUACAGCACAACUUGAUGUUACCACAACGACGGGGUCAGUGUCGUCCUUGAUGGUUUGACAGGUGCGUGACAGUUCAGCUCCCAGCAUGUACGCCAAGGGGAAAGGAUCAACGGUACCAUCAGACGCUCAAGCAAGAGAAAAAUUAGCACUAUAUGUAUAUGAAUAUUUGUUACACGUUGGAGCACAGAAAAGUGCACAGACGUUUUUAUCAGAGAUACGAUGGGAAAAGAACAUAACAUUAGGAGAACCACCUGGGUUUCUACAUUCCUGGUGGUGUGUAUUUUGGGAUUUAUAUUGUGCAGCUCCAGAACGAAGGGACACAUGUGAUCAUUCUAGUGAAGCCAAAGCAUUUCAUGAUUAUGGUUUUGUAAAUUCAGGGUACGGUGUCAAUGGCAUGGCACACAAUCCAGCAGCACAAAGUCCUUUAGGACAAAUGCCCCCACAGGAUGGAAUGCCACCAGGGGGGCCAAUGCCUCCUGGUUUUUUCCCUCCGCCAGCAUCACAGCCGUCCCCCCAUUCACAGCCUCCUCACCCCCCUAUGAUGGGGCCAAAUCAACCAUUUAUGUCCCCACGAUAUCCAGGUGGCCCACGAGGUCCUGGGCCAGUGCGGAUGCCACCAAAUGAUUUUAAUCCACCAGGAGGAGGUGGAGGUCAAAUUCCAAUGAACAGUAUGGAUUCUCGGCCAGGUCAUCCUGGAAUGAUGGGUCCACGGAUGGGACAUCCAGGGUCACGGAUGCCAGGUCCAAUGAAUCCUUAUGAUUCAAUGCCUAAUUAUGGAAUGAGAGGACCACCACCAAACAGUAUGGGACCUGGUCCAGGUCCAGGUGGGAUGCCACCAAUGUCAAUGCCUGGUGGAGCGGGAAAUCGGUGGCCACCAACAACAUCAUCAAUAAAUUACUCAUCAGCAUCGCCGGGUAGUUAUAACGGCCCAGGAGCACCAGGUACACCUAUCAUGCCAAGUCCACAGGGGUCUCAAGGACCAUUUUCACCUGCCAGCCACCAGCGUAUGGGUUCCAGACCAGGUGAUUACUAUAACGACAGUAUGCAGGAUGAUGUUGAACCCCAAAAGAUGCUCUGUUUAGACUCUACAAAUUCAGGUGAUGGAAUGUAUGGUAUGAUGAAAGGAGGUAUGCCAGGCAUGCCAGGGCAUUUUCCAGGGAUGGGACCAGGAGGACCCGAUGGUAGUUUAGUGAUGGGUCCAGAAAUGAAUGUUAUGAAUGGUGAUAUAGAUGGAAUGAAAAAUUCUCCAGUAAAUGGUCCAGGAACGCCGCGGGAUGAUUUACCUCCUGUAAGUGGGACGGGCGAUAUGGGUGCAUAUAAUCUAGCAUACCAAGAUAAUGUAUGGCUUGAUUCCCAGUAGGCGCAGUUCAAUCAACAUUGCUCAGAAGGCACUUAUCUCGUUUUAAAAAUAGAUCUGAUGAAAGAAUUUCUUUCUUUUGUACUAAUCUGAUUGUAAAUUGAUGAUAUUGUUUUAUUUAUUGUAUGUUACUGUAUAUACGGUGUUUUGUCUGUGUGUAUGACUCUUUAACCAUCACAACACAUGCUUCAUUUUCACCAACGGCUACCUAAUCUCUUUGCAUGCCAGAUCUCAAAUAGCUUCUUUCUGUCAUAACUUGCUUGUCAUUUUCAGUUUGUUUUCCUCUUUUUAUAUUUUUGACUCAUUUAGUUUCUUUAUUUACUUAUAUUGCUUAAUCUGAAUAAAGACAGAAUAUAAUCAAACAAUCUUGAUGGAUAAAGUUCGGUGUGGAUCCAAGACGACAUAGAGGACUAACAUGGAGUGAAGUGGAUUAGAGGGAGUUUUUGUAGAUGAAGUUUUGGAUCCACACCUAUAACAUGAAAUUGUUGCCCAAUGUUUUCUAGUAUGGUCGUCAGUUCUUGGAAUGCUGAUCAAAUCACACAUGUUUACAUCACCAAAAGAGCAUGUCUGCACAUAAGAGAAAGUCAAUUAGAAACAGAAAGGUGCUGGUUUCUCUCAAGUCAGUCGUGCAAGCAUGUCAAUUGAAGCACCAACUAAUAUACAUCUCUCAUCCUAAUCCAAAGUCAUCUGAAAAUUCUCACUUUCAAAUCAUCCAGUAUACUGUCUUUCUUCUGGUAUAUUUUAUAGCAUGACUUAACGUCUGUAGAAAUCAUUUGUUGUCAGCAUGCCAAAGUAAGACAGGUGAUAAUUUUUAAACUUUCACAUACCUGUCAAAAAAGAAACUUAAAAUUGUUCAAAAAUUAGUUAUCAGUAGGGGAGUACUGUUUUUAUCAAAAUUUGCACAUUUGGUCACAGUUUAUUGAUGGGUGCACUCGAUUCAACCUGCUAUAAGGUGCAUUUGACAGGUGUGUGGGACCUCAACUGAUAGAUCUGUUGUACCUUUGCAGGAACACAAUGAAUCUGCUGCAAUCCUAAAGAUAAAAGAAUCUAUGCAGGAAGAGGCAAAACGAUUUGAAAAAGACGAUCACCCAGAAUAUAACUUUAUGGCACCAUGAUAAAAAAAUCUCGCGUAGAAUUGUUAACAAUAGUCAUGUAAAUUAUAAUUGUUAUUUAUAAUUUUUUUUGUACACAUAUGACAUUUUAUCAGUCGCGUUAAGCAUGCAUUUCUUUCUCGUAAUGUAUGUGUUUGGGUAGGGGGGAAAUAUGAUAUCUCUAUGGUGCUGUUCCAUUUAUCAUUUGCUACAUAAUUGGAUGGUUUUACUAAAGAUGGGAGCCUAGUACACAUCAUUCCAGUACGAACAAAAAAGUCAUGUUUAGAAUCAAAUAAGUCAAAAUUAACACCUGUUCUUGUGUUUUUGGAAAUUUUUUAUUUGAACCAUUUUAUUUUCUAGUCGUUAGCGCCUGAUUGUCGUGCCUAACCAUGAACGCUUUUGUUUAAGUGCUAUUCUCCUUGUUUUUAUUCACUUUAUAUUAAAUCAUAUUUUUUCAGAACUGCCAAAUUUCAUUGGUGUAUGGUUUGUAGGGUGCUUUUGUUUGAAUUUCUUGGUGCAAGAAAAAAAAUGCAUUUUAUAACUCAUAAAACUACUCAUUUUACGAAUUAUUUCGCUCCUUAUCUUGGUCAAAUCUUGCAUUGUAAGCAAAGGGUAAAAGGUUUCAAAGGUUUUAAAGUGGACAAGAUUGAAUUUGUCAGGUUAUUUUAUAAGGGAACAUCAGGAUUGUUUGAACAAGGAAUAGUCUUUUAAGCCAAAGCUGCCUUUAUGUUAUAUCAUUUUAGCUUGUAGAAGCUAAUUAUGUCUUUUGCUUUAGUAUUAACAUGAUUUAACAGAAUUUUAUACUCAUUUUCUUCCUUUUUUGUUAAUCUGCAUGACCAUUUUGAUGAUGAAGCCCUUCAUUUCAUGGGCUUUGUGUAAAAAUGAUGGACAUGUGAAAAAUUGGGUAUGAUGCAAAAAAAAAAUAAUCAUUAUUUCCAGCUGAUUAUUUGAAGUUUGGAAAGUGUGAAUGUUUUGAAAUUCAUGAUGUCAAGACAUAGACCACAGAUAAUUAUUGCUAUUGUUAAAACAUAUUUCUAACUACUAUAUGAUAGUCUUUCCACUUUUUACAGCUUUCCUAUUUACUAAUAUGCCAUUUGAUGGCCAUCUUCACACUUGGCUUUUGGCUUUAGAGAUUAUUCUUAGGUUUGCACAUCCUAAAAAUGGUAUAAACCAGGCAAAGAGUACAAUCCUGAUACAAGUUCUUAACAGGGAAUAGUGACUUACAGUAGAAUUUUUUUUUUAAAACACAAAAGAUUUUUAAAGUCAAUUUACAAGUGCACUCUUUACAAGUCAAAUAAGAAAAAUAAAUUAUUUGAAGUUGAAAGGGGUUCAACAUAGGAAGGGCAUACUACUUUACAAAAAAUAUUUGGUUUUUAACAUCUGACUUGUACGAUAUUUUCCUGGUUUAUCCCGAUCUGCACUUUAAGUAGACUGAUUAUAAGAUUAUAUUGUGUUGUACUUUAUCCAUGGUGUUGUUUCCUCCCAACGGAACCAAAGAAUGUAAAGAAAGAUAAUCAUGGCCAUCUUUAUGGGUGUUAAUACUGUCAAGGUAAGUCUAAAUUCUCUUUUUUUUCUGAUGCAAUUGAGAAUUAGGUAAAAACAAAAAUUACCUUGAUAUUUGACUAAUGUUUCAGAUAAAAUUUGUCAAAUGUUAUUGUAAAGUUUGCUAAAACAAUCAUGUAUUUUUGAUAAUUUUUACCGACUGAUUGUUUAGAAAAUUGUACUUUAUGGCCACAAAAUUUGCUCUGAUAGGAAACCACCAUGGAUAAAAGUAAUUAAACAGAAAGAUAAUAUUUUGUACUUAAUCUUAUUUACUGUAAGGAAUUUGUGAAAGAUUCAAGAUAUUUAUUUCUUGUGCAGCCUUCUUUGCAAAGACCUCUCAGUCUUGUACACAUUUUCUUUUGAGUGCAAAUUAUUUUUCAGAUUGUUGCUGGGCUAUUUUAACUUAAUAAUUUUGAUAUGUAAGUUGAAAGCUGUUGAUGUCCAUCUUGAGAGCUGUGGAGGUUCAAUUUGAUAGUUGUUGAGGUCAAAGUAGACAGCCGAUGAAAGCUGUUGAUGUCAAAGUUACUCGGACAGAACGUUAGAUUAAGGCUCUUCACCUGAAUCAGCUGACUAAAUUUUAUUUCAACAGCUUUUUAAAUAGUCCAUGUAACAAUCAAAAAUAGAUUUGACCUCUCAUGAAACUAAUUAAAUACUGAUAUACAUAUUUUUGUAGUUGUCGCAAUUGACCAAACUGCUUUCUUACUAAUGAUGUUAAAUAUUUAACUUGGAUUACUUACUUCUUUAUAGUCUAUACUUCUUAUUCCAAACCACAGCUCUUGAAUUUUACUGAGUAUCUGUGGGUUUAACAUUGUAGCGAAUUUUUGUUAAAGAUCUGUGGUUGUGACUUAAAUGUGGGGAAAUCAUAAAUAUGUCAUUUAUCUGAACUGGUACAAUUGUUUAUAUGAAAUCAUUAAAUUUCCAAAAUGUGUUGUAAUUUGAAUAAUGGUAUCUCAUUUUGGCAUAAUAGUUGUUUUUUUCUGUUAUUUUUAUUUCAAAACCAAAGACUUUACUUCUUUACCUUAAGCUGUGCUAGUUUAGGAAUCUCAACGAUGAUGCUUUUAUUUCUUUAAAGCCUUUAAUUUUUUUUAAAUAAUAUAAAUCCUUAAUUUACUUUUAGGGCACCCAAUCAACUUCUGUAUUUGAUAUUCACUUGUUUAUAAUUCACCUUAUCAUUUUAAUGUGACCUAAAGACAAUUUAUAAGUUGUACUGAUCUUGGUUGCAGUUUUCUUUUGUUUAGGUUGUAAGGAAUUUUCAUAUUUACAUUUAUGUAUUGAACAUGUUACUCUAUGGAUCAUGUGACUGUCAUCACAUGUGAUCUCCCAUGUGACAUUGGUCAGAUGACUUAACUUGUGUGUCAGAUAACCAUUGUACGAUUGUAUGAAUAAAAUUUCAUAUUGAGUGUAUUUAUAUUUGUACCAUGAAAAUCAUUCAUCAGAUAGGAAGAAAGUUGUUGUGAUUUAGGGAAUAAAAGAUGAGAGAAUGAAAUUGCAUCGUGUUUAUUUAUAGUAAAAGUCUCAUGUAGUUACAUUUGCAAUACUUGUACAUUCAUGUGAAGUUAAAUGUUCUGAAUUUUUAAAUUUUUAUAAACAACAUAUGUACAAAUGACAUUUGUGUUACCAUAGUAACUGUAGAUUUGGUGUCAUAUUUGAUUAUGGAAAAAAACCAUGUAGACAUUACAUUUUUGUUGUCCAUUUAGUAGCAGUAGUGCUGUUUAAAAACUGUGAAGACAGUCAUCCCUGAUAUUUUUACAAGUGUCAUAUAGGCUUUGGGAAUUGAAAACAGCACAAUUUGAAAAUAGCAAAUAAUCCAGUUGAACUGCCAAUUUAUUAAAUUUUUAUUUAUGGGAGUUUAAUCUUUUCAACAUAUCAGAAAAUUGAUUUUACUUCAGAUAAACUAUUAUUAUAAUUUGGAUGAAUUUUAAAUUAAUCUGUGGAACAGAAUUUUUUAUGAUUAAUAUUUGAUGAAGAUUUGUGAUGUUUAUAUUUGUUAAGUUAUAAUAUAGCCUUUACAUUGCCCACAAAUUUUGAAAACAAAAUGUUAAUUUAACAAGCAUUUAUUGUGUUUCUAGAAGGUUGGAGAAAUGAGUUAUUGCCAGUUCAUGUUAUUAUUAUUCAAAAAUUUGUGUAAUUAUAAAUCUAGAAAAUGUCAUUAUUUCUUUUUUUCUAGAUUUUCAUCCCUGUUUAUUCGAUAAAAUGCCACAAACAACCAUUUUUCUUACUUUAAAUUUGACAUUUAAAAAAAAAGUUAAAUUUUCAUUUUAAACCAGAAAACAGUUCACCUCUAUAUAUAGGUAAAUAUAAUUUAUAAUUCAAAAACUUUUCCAACGCUUCAUUUUGUAAUGGUUUUAUUAAAAUCUAGGCCUCAAAUUUCAUACCCAAUAUAAUGCCAUAAGAAGACUACCUCAUAUUGAGGGUUUUUCAGUAGUAAAACCUUCAAUUUUAAAUAUUCUGUCAAAUUCCACAUACAGUGAAAUCCACUGCACCAUAGUUUACGCAAAGUCUCUGAAGAGUUGUCUCCCAUUCUUAUUUAUUUUUAGGUCAUAGAAAUGUGAUGAUUGUUUACAUUUAUCAUAGGUUAAUGUUGAUACUAUUGCAGCUAUUAAAAUUAUGCAUUUUGUCAUAAGAAUCAUAAUUCAUGUCAGACAGUUAGAAUAGUUAAAUGACCAAAUUCGCAUCAUUAAAUUUUAAGUUGUGACCAACGCCAUUUGUUUGUAUGAAAUCAUUUUUUUAUAUAAAAAAAAAACAAAACAUACAAAGCAUAUCAAAUGCAAUUCUGUCAACACUAACGGAUGAUAAAUGAUUUUGUUUAUAUAUAUAUAUUUGUUGAACAAAACUUGUAUUUAUUACUCAUUGUUUAUAGAUCUGCAAUGCUUUGUAAAUUGCCGUAUACAUAUUUUUAUGAACGUCAUUGAUGUAAAGGGAGAUAAAUCAUUGUUUUUCUUUUGUUUAUUUUUCGAAGCCCUCAUCAUCAUCAUCAUCAUCAUCAUAUCUUUUUUUUUCUUUAUGUUUACAAACCACAAACACAUUUCACAAUCAAAAGACAAUUUGGCAAUAUUGUAAUAUAAAAAUCAUUUUACACAGGAGCGUCUGUGUUGUAAUGUUGUGUAUUGUGUCAACUGUAGUGAUGAGGGCUCUAUAUAUAUAUAUGAUGUUAAUAAAAUAUCAGAGAGACCAUGCAA